GGCCGGACACGUACGGAUACGGAAGACACGCAGAUAGCCACGGCGAGUAAUCCUCAGCGAUUCUCAGGCUCAGGUCCAGUGGACGCCAAGCUCCCGCCUCCCCUCCAAUGGCAUCCCUCCGGCUCGUGGCAGCAUUGGUGCCCUCCCCUCCGCCGCCGCCACCUGGACGGGAGCCCCGGAGACCUCCGUCCGCGGUUCGCCUGGCGAGCGGCGUUGCCCUGGCGGCGGCUGCCGUGGCUGCGGCCGCCUCGCCACCGGCGCUCGCCGCGUUGUCCGAGCCGGCGAACGCGCUCUCGCUGCCCACCUGGGCCGUCCAUGUCUCCAGCGUCGCCGAGUGGGGGGGAUGGCGUUGCAGGGUGACGGCGAUGUGGCUGGUUUGGGACUACGGAGAGAGGACGGGGUUGAGGGGCUGGAAGGGCCUCUCUUGGGGGAUGGUUCCACUUCUUGGUGGAGCAAUGUGCGCUUGCACGUGGCAUUUCUUCUACAAUUCAGAGUCUCUUGAAGUUCUUGUAGCACUUCAAGGUGCUCUGACGGUGAUUGGUAACAUAACAAUGUGCAUAGCUGCAUACCGCAUCUUCAAAGCGUCCCAGGAAGGCACAAAAAGUUCAUAGGUUGUAAGCUUGUAUGCUUAUGUUCUCAUAACCGGUCGUGACAAGGUAAAUAAGAGAGAUUCUCUUGCUUUUUCCUGACAUAGAUGGGAACGGAGGACAGCUGAGACAUCUAGCCAUUAGAUGGAAGCUUCUUGUAAAUGACCAUCUUUCAAGAAUAUGUAUCUUCUGUUGCAACUUUGUUUUCCAGAGGCAAAUUAAAGCAAUGUUGGGAACCCA